AUGAAGAAUAAUUUAAUAUGGAUUUAUUCGAAAUUUUACGUGUUUAUUAUGACUGAUUCACAAAAUGAUAAUGAAUGUAUUCUUGCAUAUCAAGCACAAUUAAAACUUGUCGAAGAUGCGAUUCUUCAACAAGAAGAAAAAGAUGGAGUUGCAAGUGCUGAAUUAAGACAAUUACAGUCAGAUCUUCGUGAAGCUCUUUCUCUCUUUAAUACAUCAAAUAGUAACAAUAAUGAAUCAAUAAUUACAAUUGAUGAUCCUGACUCAACCUCUUGUCUCACUCUUUCAUCCGAUUCUGAUAGUAGUGAUGAUGAAGAUGAUGAAGAAGCCGAGAAUUCCGUUGUAAAAGAAAUUGUUGGUACAAAAUGUAGUGUAAAAAUUAAUUGUCCUAUCAGUGGUUUACAACGACAUAAUGCUGUUGGGCUCGAUAUUGAAUCUAUAGCAGAUAAUACAGUUCGAGUUUUAUUUUGUCAACCAACACGUCUUGAUUUAAAACCAUGUUCACAUUUUCUCAAUGAUACUUGUCGUUUUGGUGACACUUGCAAAUAUUCUCAUGGUUUUGUUGUUUCUGUUAAUGAUCUUCUUGAAUAUGUUGAAGCAAAUUAUAAUACUCUUGCUGUUGGUCAAAAUGUUGUAUGUAAACAAGUACGUUUUACUCAUUUUAAUGCAUUAGAAGCUAUACCAUUUGAAUCAAUAAUAACAACAAAUACUUCAGAUGAAAUUCAAACAAAUGAUGAAGAUGAAGAUAUUACUAAUGAUGUUUUUAAUUCAAUGGCAGAUAUUCCAAGUUCAUCUACUGAUCAACCAAGAUUAGGAAAUUUAGGAGUUUGGGAAAAGCAUACUAAAGGAAUCGGUUCUAAAUUAUUGGCAAAAAUGGGUUAUAAAGCUGGACAAGGUCUUGGACGACAAAAUCAAGGAUUAGUAAAUCCGAUUGAAGCUCGAAUUUUACCUAAAGGAAAAUCUUUAGAUGCUAUAUUUGAAUUAAAAAAACAGCAUAAAUUACCUGAUGCAUUUAAAAUAAAAAAACAUCGAAAAAAAUUAACAAUUGAAAAACAAAAAAAAUUACCUGAAGAAAAAGAUGUUUUUACAUUUCUUGAUAAAAUAUUUACAUCAGAAAUAAGAUCAACCAAUCAAGAUUCAACACCAUCACCAUUGGAUCGAUUUAAAGAUAAUAAAACAACUGUUGAUGAAACAUCUUUACUAUUACAUACAGAAAUCGGUCGACGUAAUGAUGAAAUUCGAGUAUUAGAACGUGAAAUUCAACAUUUAGAAGAACGUUUAAAAUACAAUGAACUUCGAGGUACAUCAAUAGUUGCUUCAAAUAUCAAACAACGUUUGACAGCAAAAAAAAUUCAAUAUAAUAAAUUAAAACAUAUUGAAAAUAAUCUUCAAUCUAAACGUGACCAAAUUCGUACAAAAAAACUCGAUCUUUUUUAA